AGAAAAAUAUCAGUAAACACAAAAAAACCAGUAAGAAUCCGCCACUUACCUAUUUAUCAGCCCAACUGCCCCAUAACUGCUAGACCUUAUUCAGUUUUCUGAAUGUGAUCAACAUCAACAUCAACUCGUCAUGUGAUCGUCUCCUUCUUCAAACAGUUCCCAUUUGGAGAAUUAACUCACUUAUCUCUGUUAGCCAUAAGAUAAUGAAGUGGGGAAGAAAGAAAGAAAGUAAAUCCAGCUCCUCUUCUUUUUUGAUCUCCCAUGUCUUUCCCAUUUCAUGGCUUUCUAAGCUGAGGCGAAAGAGUAGAGACGUGGAACCAAAGCCUGGUAAAGAGAAGCGCGGUGAUGCCAAGUGGAAUUCAACCUUUGUAAGUUCGAAAACAUGUAGAGGAGGAGGUAGAUUCUAUGGUGGAGAAGGUGAUGAUUUCUGGAGAUUAUCGUUUGGCGAAGAGGGUGUUGAGGGGAAGAGCAGGAGUGUUUUAAGCUCGGUUUGGUAUAAUUCUCAUGAUGAGUUGGACGUUCUACCUUCGACUUGGCAGAGUUCUGGAUCAAAAGCUACAACAUUAAUGGGAAAAGAAGAGAUUCAGAUGUUUGAGAAUUUGAGUUUGAGUUCAAGGAAGAUUAGAGAGUCUUCAAGAGACCUGGAGAUCUUUCCUCAGAUGGACGCAUGCAAAAGUGAAGUACAUGAAGCAAUUUUCAAGAAACCAAAGGUGAAAACUGAAAAGAAGUUGAAGAGAAUGAAUCCAGGAGUUUCAAGAAGUUCAAUUGAAACAGAGGAGAAAUCAAGAAAAUCAGUUGAAAAAGACAACUUGGAAUUGCAGAGAGAGAAACAGCAUCGUCUGUCAUUGAGAAUUUCGAAGAACUUUAAUUUAAAAGCUGAAGAAGGUUGUGAAUUUGCAGCACGGAGUUCAGAGUGGGAAGAAUUGAAACAGAUGAAGAUCAAAGAGGUAAAGUCCAAGAAUGAUAGCCAGAGGAAAUCAUUGUACAUAAGCAGAGAAUUACAGGGAAAAAGAACAAAGCAGAGUGGCAAGGUGAAAGUUUCCUCUCCAAGAAUAAAGGCGCUUGAAGACAUGAAGAAGGCCAAACUGAAGAUGAGAAAGGGAAAAGAGAAAACAAUGGAGGGAGGAACAGGCCUAGAGAGCUUUGCUGUGGUGAAAACCUCAUUUGAUCCACAAAAAGACUUUCGAGACUCGAUGAAGGAGAUGAUCAUGGAGAAGAAGAUCAACCAGCCUGAAGAACUCGAAGAGCUCUUGGCCUGCUAUCUAACGUUGAAUUCCGAUGAAUACCAUGAUCUCAUCAUCAAGGUUUUCCGGCAGGUAUGGUAUGACAUGAUGACCCGGGCUAGCUUUGACAAUGAAAUACAGAAGGAAAUGGACUUCCAUAAUUAGCUAAUGGUUAGCUAAUGAUAGGCAAACUUGUAAUCAUAAUAUCAAUAGUUACAGUAUUAAUGUUUUAAUAUCAUGCUUCUAAUUUCAUUUGCAUUGAAA